AUGAAGCGGGCACCAGCGCUUGGCACACCCGUCUCGCAGCCGUGCAUGAGCUCUAUGCUUGCAUUAGACGAAGUUCAUGGCGUAGGCGAUACCGAGGCUAACACCUGUCGUCGCCUGCGCGGUCUUCCUCCAUGCAUUGACCAUCAGAUAUCAACGCGUGUCUGCCUUCGCCUGGUACUCAGUCACCCCGGGCGACUAUUAUGGAAGUUCAAGACGGCUCCUGAACUGAUACAAGCUAUGAUUAGCGUAGUUGAAGCGCAUCAAGCACUGUGUGUCAAGGGUAUCUUGCACCGCGACAUCAGCGCUGAGAACGUCAUGCUCAGGGCUGAACACGAUCUUUCUGAGCUCGACGUACUCACUUCUGCUUUCCUCACGGACGUUGACUACGCCGAGAUGGCUGAGGACGACACAAAUGCCCUCACGCUACCGAAGAAGAUGCCCCGUAGCCCGGCGAUGACAGGGACACUGCAAUUCCACGCUCGAGACGUACUGGAGAGUAUAUCCGGGAGUCAUGAAGGCGCGAUACCAAAGACCGCUCAUCACGACGUGGAGUCUUUCACCCUGGUCAUCGCUUACGCUGUCCUGAAACAUCUCGAGGAGCGGUUCUCGAGGGCUUGCAAUAUGUUUCCCACGAGAGUACCGGGGAGUGACAACCACGACAGUGGCGAGAAUGCGCAGGUUGGACUGGAUCAUAGAAAGGAGAAGGCCGAAUCGGAGUCGGACGAGGACUUCGGGCAGGAGGUGACGGACGAGAGUGGCGCUGCUGAAUUGUCGAAUCUCAUCGAUAGCAUGUCGCCUGGCGACGAACCCUCUAUAGGGGAUGAGGAAUUGAAUAUCAGGACAGUAGCGCCAACGGCAGCCGAAGCAUGGAUCGGCCAUGCGUUCUCCCAAGCGUUCGGGAAGGAGUUUGUCGAGGACAUUCUCCAGGCGAGGAAAAACAGGACAGCGUUCGACUGCUGCGAGAACCCCACUGCUACGAGAGCACCCACCGAGGUAUUGGAGUACUUCGCGACCGAGGACGGAUAUCGUUUGCGAAGGCUUCUUCUACUGUUCGCGAACUUGUUCAACGACGAUCAAACACGACGCCUCAGGAUGUCCACGCUUGUAGACACGCGGGUCACGGAGGCCUGGGAGGUAGAUUUAACAGCGGCAUCUGGAAACUACCGAUCCUAUCAAGAGUACUUCUCUUAUCAGUCCCUCUUGGAUGUGUUGAAGCAUGUCCUUGCGUUAUAA